AUGUCAACCAUAUCUACUACCUUUAACAAACUCACAUCAUCACUGUCUAAAAAUGAUCAUAUACUCAUCCUAACCCUGCUACAAAAUGACGAGGAAUAUUUGGACCACUAUUUUCAGCUUAUCGAUGCAUCCUCUUAUCCCAACCAAUACAUUUCUAUCGGUUUGCUAGUCUCUGAUUCAACGGACAACACCCUCAACAUCCUUCAAGAAAAAGUUCACUCUUUACAAAACCGAUGGCGGAAUAGAUUCUAUGAAAUCGACGUGUAUCAAAAAGACUUUGAACUGGACAAAAAAAAAGACGAAGCCACAGCCUUGACUUCGAAGCGAGCAACUUUGGCCAAAGCCAAAAAUUUCUUGCUCACAGCAGCCCUUCGAGAGCAUCAUUCAUGGGUUGCUUGGGUUGAUGUUAAACUUUUCUCUUACCCAUCGACCAUUUAUGACGAUUUGAAGGCGGUGAAUGUGGAUGUGAUUGUACCCAAUUGUUUACAGAAAAGAGAAAAGGAUGAUGAAUUUUGGGCUUUUGAUAGGAACAAUUGGCAAGAAAGUGAGAUGUCGUUACAGAGACAGCAACAUAUACCGGAAGAAGAUUUACUUAUGGAAGAUUAUAAUGAAUACGCUAUUGGACGCCAUUUGCUUGUAGAUAUGCCUACACAUGGAAAUAUAGAAACAAAAGUACCAUUAGAUGGUAUCGGUGGAACGUUCACAUUGGUCAAAGCAAAUGUUCAUAGAGAAGGUGCUAUCUUUCCCCCCUUUGUCUACCAACAUAACAUGGAUACAGAAGGGUUCGCUAAGAUGGUAAAAUCUAUGGGUUAUUCAGUAUACGGUGUCCCAAGCUAUAUCAUAUACCAUUAUUAG